CAUGUGAAAAAUACAGGCUGCGACUGCGAUUGCAGCAUAGCCAACCAGACCGGUCCUGUGGUGCCCGCCUCGCGACCUGUUUUGCUGCAGACGCGCGUCCUUUUGGGCGUGCGUCAUUUAAGCUUACAUAGAGACAAGAUGGUAUUACAUUACUGCUUGGGGUCGGUGCGCGAAGGGAAAAUGGCGCGCUCGACCCAGCGCUCGACCCUGGCCUGCCCCGUUAAAGCUUUGCUGCUGGCUGUGGCUAUGAGCUACUCUUGCUGCAGAGCGGACUAUCUCGUUGGCGUUGGCAUGGGCGACAUCACCGGCCCGGUCGCGGACGUCAACCUCAUGGGCUACGCCCAGCCACUGCAGACGGCCCGCGGGCUGCACACGCGCCUGUUCGCACGUGCCUUCAUGUUCGCGGACGCAGCAUACCCCAGGCGGCGCUUUGUGUACGUGUCCGCUGACGCCUGCAUGGCCUCGCAGCUGGUCAGCCUGAGGGUAGUGCAGGCGCUGCAGGCCGAGUACGGCAAGGAGCUGUACGGCUUUGACAACGUGGCCAUCAGCGGCACGCACACGCACGCCUCCCCCGCCGGCUUCCUGCAGUACCUGCUGUACGACAUCACCAGCCUGGGCUUCGUGACCCAGAGCUUUGAGGCGAUGGUGGAGGGCAUACUGGUGGCCAUCCGGUCCGCGCACGGCUCCCUGCAGCCGGGGCGUGUGCUGCUGGCUGCGGGGCGGCUGGCCGGCGGCUCUAUCAACAGGAGCCCCACCGCCUACGCUGCCAACCCGCAGGAGGAGAGGGACAUGUACGACUCGGAUGUGGACACAGACAUUACCCUGCUGCGGCUGGAGGGAGGAGGGCCGGCAGUAGCAGGGGCAGCAGCAGGUGCAGCAGCGGCAGUAGCAGGCCGCGGCAGUAGCAGGGCUGCAGCAGUUGCGAAUUACGCGGGCUUGGGCUUGGGCGCCCUGAGCUGGUUCGCGGUGCACUGCACCUCACUCAACAACACCAACCGCCUGGUCAGCGGCGACAAUAAGGCCGCGGCAUCACUCAUGUUGGAGCGGUGGGCGGCGGAGGCGGAGGCGCGGGCACAGGCGGCAGAGGCGGAGGCGGAGGCCCAGGCAGAGACGCCGACUGGAGGGGCGUUGGGUGCUACUGCCGGCGGUGGCAGUAGCACCAGCGCAGGCGGCCAGGGGUUGGGGCAGGGGCAGGCAGGCAGGCAGAGCGGGGGUGGGGGCGGGGGCCAGGCCGAGUCGGCCGCUUCGUCCUCACCGGCGGCGGCGGCGGCGGCGGCGUGGGCCGCCGCGCAGUCGGCGGCGGCUGCCGCGGCGGCGGCGUCUGCGGCUCUUGGGCUGCGGCUUGAAGACCUGACCAGCCCCGACCCGGAGCAGGCGGCAGCGGCGGCGGGCGGCCGGGCUGCGCGGCCCUUCAACUUCCACCUCCUGACCAGCUCCUCAAAGGCCGCGGAGCCCGCGGGGGAAGAGGGCGGCGGCGCGGGCGUGGGCGGUGCGGCUGGCGGGGGAGGUGAGAGAGCACAAGCAGCAAGGGCCGGCGGCAGAACCACCCGUCAGGAGCAGCAGCAGCAGCGGCCGCUGCGGUUCAGCCGGGGCUUUGUGGCGGCUGUGGCUCAGGCGGCGGUGGGUGACACCAGCCCCAACACCGCGGGGGCAUACUGCCUGGACACAGGCCUGCCCUGCGAGCCUGCCCACAGCACCUGCAACGGCCGCAACGAGCUGUGCCACGGCCGCGGACCCGCCUGGCCGCACGACCGGGCGUCGGCCGCCCUCAUUGGUGGGCGGCAGGCGGAGGCGGCGCGGCGGCUGUACCUGGCGGCGGGGGAGCAGGCCCCCCUAACCGGCCCUCUGGCCUACCGCUCCUCCUUCAUCGAUAUGGCCAACACCUCCGUGGCGCCCGUCAACACCAGCAGCUGGGCGGCGCGCGGCGGCCGCACCUGCCCGCCAGCCAUGGGCAUGAGCUUCGCCGCCGGCACCACCGAUGGCCCGGGCGCGUUCGACUUCACCCAGGGCGACACGCGCGGGCCGCCGCUGUGGCGCCUCGUGGCGCGGCUGCUGACGCCGCCCUCCCCCCAGCAGGUGGCUUGCCAGGCGCCCAAGCCAAUUCUGUUGGACACGGGGCAGAUCACCGUGCCCUACCCCUGGCAGCCUCGCAUCACGCAGGUGUCGCUGCUGCGGCUGGGGCACCUGCUGGUGGCGUGCCUGCCGGGGGAGCCCACCACCAUGGCUGGCAGGCGCAUCAAGCGCGCCCUGGCCGCGCGCUUCGCCGCCGCCGCCUCCCCCGGCGAGCCGGCGCCUGUGGUGGUGGUGUCGGGUCUGACCGGCACCUACAGCUCCUACAUCACAACAUGGGAGGAGUACCAGGUCCAGCGCUACGAGGGCGCCUCCACGCUGUACGGCCCACACACCCUGGACGCCUACAUACAGGAGCUGCUGGCGCUGGCCGACUCCAUGCUGGCCGGCACGCCGCACGACCCCACCGCCGCCGGCUCCACCGCCCCGCCCGACCUGCAGUCGCGCCAGUGGGCGCUGCUGCCGCCCGUGGUGCUGGACGCCGUGCCGCCCGGGGCCGUGUUCGGACAGGUGACGCAGCAGCCCGGGCGGGACAGCUACGCGCCGGGGCAGGUCGUGAACGCCACUUUCAGGGCCGCCAACCCGCGCAACAACCUGCACGCCAACGGCUCUUUCCUGACGGUUGAGCGCUGGCAGCAGUCCAAGAGCCGCGCCCGCCACCACCAGCAGCAACCGCCUCUCCAAGAGGUCAAAGGCCAAGGCAUUAGGCAGCCGGCGGGCGAGCAGCAGCAGCAGCAGCAGCAGCAGGGCGGGUUUGCGAAAGCGCUGGGUGUGCUGUGGCAAGCCUCCGGCGCGAGGCUGUGGCGGCUGCUGUCGCGAAGCACCGUGCAGCAGCAGCAGCCGGCAGCGGUUGCAGAGGUGGCAGUUGCGGCUGUAGCAGGGACAAGGGGCGGCGAUGCAGCAACAGCAGGAGCAGCAGCAGGGGCAAGCUUAGGUGGUGCGCAGGCAGGAGGGGUUGGCGCAGGAGCAACAGCAGCAACAGCAGCAGGCGUCCAGCAGGACGGGGAGGAGGUGUGGUUCGCUGCGCAGUCGCCGUGCAGCAGUGGGCGGAGCCUGCCAGCAGCCACGGCGGGCGCUGCAGCGGCUGAAGGAACGGCUGCUGAGGGAACGGCUGCAGAAGGAGCGGCUGAAGGAGUGGCGGACGGGCCGGCUGCAGAGGGAGCGGCGGAGGAGGAGGGCGAGUGGGUGGCGGUGCAUGAUGACCGGGACUGGGUCACUCGCUUCCAUUGGGACAGGCAUGCGGAGCUGUCGCCGCUGUCGUACGCCACUCUGGUGUGGGAGGUGCCGCCCGAGACGCCGCCCGGCACCUACCGCCUGCGGUACCGCGGCGAUGCAAAACUGCUCAGCGGCGCUGUGCGGCCCUUCGAGGGCUGCUCCGCGGCUUUUCGGGUGGAGGAAGAGGCAGCAGCAGCAGCAGUGGAGGAAAAUGAUGGGUAGGAGGGGGUUGAGGAGGGAGGCGGCGCGUGACGGUUCGGUGCCGCGCUGCUUCCGUGCAUGCACGGGUGGGCGAGCCGAUUUUCAGGGUAGGGUUUUCGCGCUUUGAUUAGGCUUUGCGCCAAAAGGUUGAGGUGGCAAAAACGUUGCAUGCUGCAGGCACGAGCGCAAUGGUUUCAGGGCUUUUGUUUGCCCCCAAAAGCCCUUUAUAGUAUGAUCGAUGACGGUUGGGCUGGCAUCGCGACUGUGAAGUCAAGUCACAGCUAUGGGCAUGCACUUGUAGCGCAUUAAUCCAUUUAACCGCCUUAAUUGCACUACUCUCUUU